CAGAGCUGGUGCUGGAGCGUCGUCAAUGGGAAGGGAACGCCGCGUUGGAAAAAGCGCACACUGUUUAGCCAACUUUCAAUUGCACCAUGGUUUGCACCUCAGUUUCGUGUUUGUGGACUAUAUUUUGCCUUCAUUUUUGUCUUUAUGUGAACACUGGAAUAGCACAGAACACAAGGGAGGUGAUCCUGCUGGAUUCAAAGGCGCAGCAGACAGAGCUGGAAUGGAUAUCGUCUCCUCCAAGCGGGUGGGAAGAGAUCAGCGGCUUGGAUGAAAACUACACACCCAUUCGCACAUAUCAGGUCUGCCAGGUCAUGGAGCCAAAUCAGAACAAUUGGCUACGGACUAACUGGAUUGAGAAGGGCGAUGCCCAGAGGAUUUUUGUGGAGCUGAAGUUUACCUUGAGGGAUUGUAACAGCCUUCCAGGGGUGGUUGGCUCUUGCAAGGAGACGUUCAACUUGUACUACCAGGAAACCGACGUGGAGGUGGGCAGGAAUAUUAGAGAGAGUCAGUAUGUGAAAAUUGACACUAUAGCUGCGGACGAAAGUUUCACUCAGGGUGACCUGGGGGAAAGAAAGAUGAAGCUCAACACGGAGGUGCGUAUAAUCGGACCCCUCUCCCGCCGAGGCUUCUACCUGGCCUUCCAGGAUGUAGGUGCCUGCAUCGCUUUGGUCUCCGUCAAAGUGUAUUACAAGAAGUGUUGGUCGAUUAUUGAGAACCUGGCCACGUUCCCAGAUACGGUGACGGGGUCAGAGUUUUCGUCGCUGGUGGAAGUGGAGGGUAUGUGCGUCAACGACGCAGAGGAGGAGGCCGACAACUCUCCCAAAAUGCACUGCAGCGCAGAAGGAGAAUGGCUGGUUCCCAUUGGGAAAUGUAUAUGCAAAGCUGGAUUUCACCAGAAGGGAGAUGCCUGUGAACCCUGUGGUCGUGGAUUCUACAAGUCUUCAUCUCAGGAUCUUCAGUGUUCCCGUUGUCCCGCACACAGUUAUAAUGACAGAGAGGGCUCGUGGAGAUGUGACUGCGAGGAUGGCUACUACAGAGCCCUCUCCGACCCCCCUUCUGUCGCCUGCACCAGGCCACCAUCAGCUCCUCAGAACCUGCUUUACAACAUCAACCACACCACCGUCAGCCUGGAGUGGACCCCGCCGGCCGACACGGGCGGGCGUAACGACGUGACGUACCGGAUUAUAUGCCGCCGCUGCACCUGGGAGCCAGAAGAGUGCUUUCCUUGCGGGAGCAACGUUGGCUUCUCUCCACAGCAAAGUGGAUUAACUGACACCUAUGUCACCAUCACCGACCUGUUGGCUCACGCAAACUACACCUUUGAGGUUGAGGCCGUGAAUGGCGUUUCCGAUCUCAGCCGUACCCAGCGACUGUUUGCAGCCGUCAGCAUCGCAACCAGCCAAGCAGCCCCAUCUCAGGUGAGUGAGGUGAUAAAAGAGCGAGUUCAGCAGCACAGCGUUCAGCUCUCCUGGCAGGAACCAGAACAGCCCAAUGGCGUCAUUACCGAAUAUGAGAUCAAGUACUAUGAGAAAGACCAGAAGGAUCGCAUUUACUCCACCGUGAAGUCAAAGUCCACUUCAGCCACAGUCAAUAAUCUGAAGCCAAGCACAGCGUACGUCUUUCAGAUUCGAGCAUUCACCGCUGCGGGAUACGGCAUGUUCGGACCAAGACUAGAGGUCACCACCAAGGAAGAAUCCACUGGAUCUGCUACAGUCAUUUCGAGUGAGCAGAAUCCAGUCAUCAUCAUUGCGGUGGUGGCGGUAGCCGGUACCAUCAUCCUGGUCUUCAUGGUGUUUGGUUUCAUCAUAGGGAGAAGGUACGCUCUCGCGGCCCCCAUUGACUCUCCGCUACUACACUGUGGCUACAGUAAGGCCGAUCAGGAAGGGGACGAGGAGCUCUACUUUCAAUUUAAAUUUCCAGGCACCAAAACAUACAUUGACCCUGAAACCUACGAGGACCCGAACCGGGCUGUCCAUCAGUUCGCGAAGGAGCUGGAUGCCUCUUGCAUUAAGAUUGAGAGGGUUAUCGGCGCAGGAGAGUUUGGCGAGGUGUGCAGUGGACGACUGAAGCUGCCGGGAAAGAGGGACGUGUCAGUGGCCAUAAAAACGCUGAAAGUAGGCUACACUGAAAAACAAAGACGGGACUUCCUGUGCGAGGCCAGCAUAAUGGGCCAGUUUGAUCACCCGAAUGUGGUCCAUCUGGAGGGUGUCGUCACAAGAGGAAAACCAGUCAUGAUAGUAAUUGAAUACAUGGAAAAUGGCUCAUUAGAUGCAUUCCUCAGGAAACAUGAUGGGCAGUUCACUGUGAUUCAGUUGGUGGGAAUGCUACGUGGCAUCGCAGCCGGGAUGAGAUACCUCUCAGACAUGGGCUACGUUCAUCGCGAUCUGGCAGCGCGAAACAUUCUUGUCAACAGCAAUCUAGUAUGUAAAGUGUCCGACUUCGGCCUGUCCAGAGUGAUUGACGACGAUCCCGAAGCUGUCUACACAACAACGGGUGGCAAGAUCCCAGUUCGGUGGACAGCAAUGGAAGCCAUCCAGUACCGUAAAUUCACAUCAGCUAGUGAUGUGUGGAGCUAUGGGAUUGUCAUGUGGGAGGUCAUGUCCUACGGGGAACGACCUUACUGGGACAUGUCCAAUCAAGAUGUCAUAAAGGCUAUAGAGGAGGGUUAUCGUCUUCCCGCCCCCAUGGACUGCCCUCCUGGCCUCCAUCAGCUCAUGUUGGACUGCUGGCAGAAAGACCGAGCAGACCGACCCAAAUUCGACCAGAUCGUCGGCAUCUUGGACAAAAUGAUCCGCAACCCUAACACCUUAAAAACGCCGAUGGGAACGUGUACGCGACCCAUAAGCCCACUGCUUGACCAGAACACUCCAGAUUUCACCUCUUUCCGAUUGGUCAGUGAGUGGUUGGAAGCUAUCAAGAUGGAGAGAUACGUGGACAACUUCACAGCUGCCGGCUACAGCUCCCUCGAAUCUGUCGCUAGAAUGACUAUCGAGGAUGUAAUGAGUUUGGGAAUCUCCUUGGUGGGCCAUCAGAAGAAGAUCAUGAGCAGUAUACAGACUAUGAGAGCCCAGAUGCUGCAUCUUCACGGGACGGGUAUUCAAGUGUGAUGGAGGUCCAAAGCCCCUCCCGGUCGGAUGAACCAGAACUCUCCAGGAAACACCGUAAAGUGUGUGACGCGGCAAAAAAUAUGAAAAAAUCAAAUCAACAACAAAGAAAAAAAAAACGUUCCACACCCUUCCGGUGAGAUUAACCUUCCACAACUGGCAGAACAGAAUCAUUCCUUUGUUAUUUGCGAAGGAUUUUGGCGCAGGUGCUGGAAACCAAGAGAUGGAGAGACAAUGAAAAAGCAAACAUGCGCCGAAAGAGAGAGAGAGAGAGAGAGAGAGAGAAUCCUACAUGGACCCUCCUCUGGAUGCUCUAAAGAACUCCUCACGUCACUGAGUUUGAGAGACUUUUUAUGCUUUGUACGGACUUUGUCACGAAAGGUUGAUUUGCUCAUAGUUGCUAUAGAUUUCACUGCUUUCUUUUUUAAAAUCAAGGGUGAAUAUAAAAAUAAGCAAAUCCACCUCAUAAGGAGUGAAUUUGGAGAGAUUUAUUUUUCUUUGGUUUGUAAUAUCCACAUAAAGACAAUGUGGUGUGUUACUCUUCUACUCGAUUGAUUUUUGUUAGCUUGUUUUCUCGAAUUGUGUUACGGAACUGACAACAGGGUAAAACGUCUCAUCUUGAGGGAAAGAGACCGAUUCAGAGGCUGAAAGUAGACAAGAGGAGAUUUGUCUUCUCCAGCCAGCACUAUUACAUGAAGCUCUCAGCAGACUGAAGCAUUGGCAGAGAAUCGGGCCGACCUGCCCUUUUUUUAUCUAGCAGAAAUAUCCCACCGCUUGGAUACAUGAAGCUCCUGAGGAUGGCUGGUUGUGUUUUAUACCAGCCUGAACAGACAGUUAGGUAUAUUUUAUGAUCCUACUUGACAUCAGAUGUGAAUUAGUACAAAGAGAAUUGGUGAUGGAGUUUUUUAAUGUAAGAACAACUACUUCGGUGGCAAUAUUCUUUCUAAGUUUAUAUUUACCACAUGAAUGGAUUUAUCAGUGCUGUUGUUGAAUGUGUCCUUUUUAAUAUUGACAUGAUUUACCAUAAAUACCUGUUUCCAUAAAGAAACACAAAAUGAAAAAACAAAAAAACAAAGUUAGGCUUUUUUUAAUUUAGAAACAAAAUCAGUUUCAGCAACAGUUUCAUUUGUGUUUAGUAUCAGUUUCCUAGCAGGCGACUGACUUUAAAAUCAUACGAUGUUGUGGUGUAAAGGAGUAAUACUGCCUUAAAACAAGUCAACUAUUGCUCUUAAUUUUAGUUUAUUAGAUUAUUGGUGAGAUCACAGCUGUGUUGGGCAAAGACUGACAAAUAUGAGCAAUAAUUUGAGGUGCUGUAUAGACUUUUACUCACGUACUGCUUGGAAAUCAGCAGCAGUUCUGUCAAAUUUGAUCAAAGAGAGUUGUUGAAUUUAUUUACUAGGAUCUCAUCACCUAGACUGCAACGUUUUCGGUUUGUUUCUUCCACCCUUUUGUUAUGCUGAGCUCAAAGUUGAUACUUACGCUAAAGUUUUAGUGCCAUAACAGCCUUCCACUCUCAACUGAAUGUUUCGUUGACAAUUGUUACGCGUAAUAGUGUUAAAUACUUUAACGAGUACUGUGUACAUUUUUAGGCUUGAUUUGUUGGGCUUUGAAAAUUCUACCAUUUUAUUCAGCUUUGAGCUGAAGGAAGGUUUUUUUUUUUGUACUGUAAAACUUUAAUGUGACACAUUUCAAGCAUACAAAACAUUAUUUCCAGGAGCCAAUGCCAUUUUUUUUUUUUUUUUACCACAAAAGCCGUGCCAACAUGUGGCAUUUUUCUUGAUUAGAAAGAAAGCGAAGAUGGAGUCGUUGGAGCGCAGCAUCACUGGAGGAUUUAGCCUAACGUUUUGCGCUUCAAAAAAAGCCAUCGACUGUGCCGUCUCCAUUGUGAACCCAGAUGGUUUGUGUGUGCGUCUCUCAUGGAUCAUAUUGUGCCCUGGUUUGAGGCCCAACUCCGAUCCGCUAUCCUUCCAUCUCGCUAACCUCAGCAUUGAGCCCACGCCAGGCCUUUGAAUUGAAAGCGAGCGGAAAGGCUCUCGGUCAGCACAAACCUCCUGAGCUUCGGCAGUAGCUGCAGUCACUCAGAUCAGCCUCCCCGAGCACUCUGAUCUCACACUCCAGCCUCCCGGGGCCCCUCGCAGUCCCUUACCCUCUCCGUUCGGAUCCGGGGCCCCUGUAGAGACAGCAAUUUGAGCCAAUUUGAGAUUAACGCCUGGAUUCAAUCAAUCCCACAUUAAGGCCACCGUACGGGUCAAUGACAAAUCUGUCAAUUUUUCUGCUUUGUGCCAUUUCUAACUUUUCUGGUUUGAUAGUAGCAGAGUUUUCGGUCAAGACAGUUUGUGCUGUGGAUUGAUUGAGUUCACGGUGCAGCAGGGUAUUAAAGACUUCUAGAAAGACGGUCAAGAGCCCACCUAGACAAAAGUGAAGUGGAAUAUUCCAAAGAGUUCAGCACUGUUGAUUGUGUCAGAGUAAUCACAAGCCAGAGGGCGAUUUGUAUAUGUUCCAGCUGUAAAACUUGUAAAUUUUAUUUAUAAUUCUUUGUUUUUUUUUUCUUUAUUUUUCACUUAAGUACUCUGUAGUGAGCUCAUUGAAAAUGCACUAUAUUUUUCUAUCUCACAUGCAGCUGAUUAUCUUCACCCUCACUCUUUUAGUUGUACAUAAUUUCUCAUUUAGGACCAAAGAGAGCUAAUAGGUUUCCAUUUUAAAAGAUUUUUUUUUUCUUUUCUCUUCUAGGUUGGAAAAAAAUGUACAGUACAAACGAAUUGUUGAUUUAUUAUUUAUUUUUUUGUGACAAGAGUAUGGAUUAUUCAUUGGUCAAAAAAAGAAGUAUUUUCCUUAGCUGAAAAACGGUAUGGUCAUUUACCUAGACAAUUUCUUGUUACAUAGACCAUUUUUGUCUUUUUUUUUUUUUUUUUUUUUUGCUUUGUAACCUUUGUAAUAGACUGUACAUAUAUUUUUGGAAAUAUAAUGCAAUCUCUA